AGAGAGAGAGAGAGAGAGAGAGAGAGAGAGAGAGAGGGAGUGAGCAGCCACUCUGGUGCACUCCGGUGGUUCUCACAAAGCAUUACUGUUGCUUCAUCUCCAACAGUCCAACAGUGGCACUGCUACCAUUCAGCAAGAAACCUGCUAACUACCCUAAUCCCAGUGGACAUAUUCAAAUGGACAACGUUGGGCUUUCCACUCUGCACUUUGGACGUUUAUCUUGGAUUUAUGAAACUAACUACAACUCCAUGACCUAAUAUUCUUUUGCAAGCCUUUUGGACACUGGGGAAACAUCUCUUUGGAAAACAUGUUGCUGUUGCACGCAACAGAAGAACCUCUCCCAUGCCUCUCCUGGUCUGUGGAAACAAGGAAUAGGCAUACAUCAGCCGCUGAUGAUGUCUGAAUGCUGAACAAACAAGACUCCAAAAGAGUUAAAUGUAAGCUGCCAAAGCCAAACAAAGAAUGGUCAUUUUUAGCAAGAAAGUUUUCUACAGAUAUUUUUGGAGCUUUUGAGAAUGAAUGAAUUUAAGAUGCUUGUCAACAGGGCACAGAUUAUUUUGUUCUGAUCACUUUGCCAUCUAAAAACACAUCUGACUUGAAGCAAAUGAGUUGAACAAAGCUGCACGUCCUCCUGAUCACGAUGGAUUACAACUUUAGCACUACAGCAUCGUAUGUGGUCAGCACUACGGCGAUGGCCACAAACAGAACGGGACCCUACCACCCUGCUGCAGGACUCUGGAGUCUGAUCAUACUGGUCAUCAUCAUCCUGAUCAUUGUGGUUGGAAAUCUGCUUGUCAUCAUAGCCAUAGCGCACACAUCUCAGCUACAGACAAUGACCAACAUCUUCAUUAUGUCUCUGGCCUGUGCUGACCUUAUCAUGGGGGUCCUGGUGGUGCCCUUGGGGGCCACCAUUGUAGUAACAGGCAACUGGCAGCUCAGUGACACAUUCUGCGAGCUCUGGACUUCUGUGGACGUCCUCUGCGUCACAGCAAGCAUUGAGACACUCUGCGUGAUAGCAGUGGACCGCUAUAUAGCCAUAACAAGGCCCUUCCAACACAAGGUCCUGCUCAAUAAGUGGCGUGCCAGGCUAAUAGUUUGUUUGGUGUGGAUUGUGAGUGCCCUAAUCUCUUUUGUACCAAUUAUGAAUCAGUACUGGCGUGCAGAUAAUGACCCAGAGGCCACAAAGUGCUACCAGGACCCGGCGUGCUGCGACUUUGUGACCAACAGGACAUUCGCGAUUAUAUCUUCUGUAGUAUCUUUUUAUAUCCCUUUGCUCAUAAUGAUAUUCGUUUAUGCCAGAGUUUUUCUAAUAGCGACACGGCAGGUACAGCUCAUAGAUAAGAAUCGGCUGCGCUUUCAGAAUGAGUGUCCGACGACGCAGAUGCAGAUUGGCCAGCACAUCAACAACAUCCUGCCAUCGGCGUGUGUGGGCUCCAGCGGCUACAACAGCGCGUCCCGGAGAAAGAGCGCCAAGCGAAGGCCGUCGCGGCUCAUGCUUGUCAAAGAGCACAAGGCCCUGAAGACUUUGGGCAUUAUCAUGGGCACCUUCACACUGUGCUGGCUGCCCUUCUUUGUGGCCAACAUCAUCAACGUGUUUGACAGAAAUGUCCCAUCGAUCGAGGUCUUCCGACUGUUAAACUGGCUGGGCUACGUCAACUCUGGCCUGAAUCCUAUCAUCUACUGCAGGAGUCCGGAGUUUCGUGCCGCCUUCAAGAACCUGCUGGGCUGUCCCUGGUUGUCCACCCCGCAGCUCAAUAUUUUCUACAAAGAGCUACGGACUCGCUGCUCCUGCUUUCUUUGGCAGGCUGAGUCAGGCACAGCGGGCUCACUCCAGAAAUCUCAAGCUAGCAGGACCGAGGGCACUGAGAGCCUGGCCACCAGUCAGGCCAGCAACAGAAGUGAGGAGCCGUCUCCAGGUCCUCUUCAGUCCAACGGCAGCACACAGUUCAGUGACCUGUCAGAGCCUGAAACCGAAUUUUUCACGUUGCAGGAAAAAGACGGAUGAGAGAGGCAAAAUGUCGAGCUACUGAAAAGAACAGCAUACUCCAACAGUUACAGACAUUCCUGCAAAGGCUGAGACCAAACAGCAGUGAGGGAAUCAUAAAGGAAUGGCAGAAACACCGGACGCUGAUGAGGAGAGUUGAAAGAGGCCGACGGAUUCGAGAGAACCAGUGAGGGCGGGCUGGGUACACUGUGACUGUGCUGGCAUCCCACAACCAUAAAAGGUUUCUGUGGAGCUCCAUGGACACAAGAUUGUCUGCUGCAGCUCAGCGCUUGACUGACGUUAUGCUGACACAAAGGCUGAACUUCUCUGCGUCGUCUACAUACUGUCCGCGGCAGAGCUACACUGAACGAGAACCCACUUCUGCCCACUUUGAAAGCAUUCCAGUAAA